AUGACGUUCGUAACAAAGUCUGUUUAUGAAAUUAUGACAGAUAUGUUCGACUUCCCAAAUUACUGGUUUUCUCGUCUUUGUCUAACGGGAAUACGUUUCGAAAUAACAGUAUUGAAGAUUGGAUGUCCACUUUGUGAAACGCCGAAAAGAAAAGUUUGCGUUUUAAACAGAAUUUCCAUCUACUUCAUGAGUAAAUAUUUCGCAAUCAACUUCGUAAUCUGCUAUAUACGUUCACACUUUGCAAACAUCUCCAAUUUUCUUACCGGCAUCAAUAUAAAUCACAAACGAAGUAAAAUAUUCUCUGUUGCAACUACAUUAAUGAUACCGUACGUGUUUCCCGCUCUAGCAAUUUGCGCACAAUGUUGCAACUGUGAUGGUUUAAGUACAGACCAUUUGGAAAUACUUCAACAUCUUGUUGAUAUCAGUGAACUAUCUGUAUUAGCAAUAAUCAGCGAUUAUUGUUAUUCGAGCAAGGAGUUUUGUGAUUUGGUAUUUGGUAUUUGGUAUUUGGUAUUUGGUAUUUGGCAAAUCGGACGGCAAUACAUGUUACAUGCGUCCCUACCAGUCAUAAGUAAAUGUAACUUAAUUAUUAAUACGGUGCGAAUUCCAUUACGAAACACAAUUACAUAA